UUUAGACUUACUUUUAUAUAAUUACCAAGGGUUAGGUUUAGAGUCAUUUUAGAUUAUAAAUAUAUUUAUUAUUUGAAUAACAAAACACAUGGAGGUGUUAGCAUUAGCAGCUUUUGACAAAGGGGCGUGACUGGUGAUGGCUUGCAGGCACAUUCGUGGUUUGGUCUGCUGGCGGAGGAUGGGAACGUGUUGCACGGUGGAGGGAGGGAGAGACGGGGAGGAGGAACUGCUAGUGGAAAAAAAAAAAGUUAAAGUGAAAAUGGCUUCCUUGUCUUUGGAGUCUACAGAACAAUCAGAGAGCAGCCCAGAGGAGUCAUCGGCAACGGAGUGCAAGGAAGAGAAAGAUUCCUCCCUGAUUUCGGAACAAUUACUCCAAAGUUUUCAAAAGUCUGCUUUGAGUUUCUCCACUGACCAAGUUUCAUGUCUCUGCGAGGCCCUUCUGCAGGCGGGCAAUGUGGAUCGCCUGUGGAGAUUUCUAUCCACCAUACCUCCUUCGUCCGAGCUGCUACGUGGCAACGAAACCCUGCUGAAGGCCCAGGCACUGGUGGCUUUCCACCGGGAAGAAUUCAAGGAGCUCUACGCCAUCCUGGAGAGCCAUGACUUCCACCCGUCUAACCAUGGGUUCCUGCAGGACCUGUACCUCAAAGCCCGCUACAAGGAGGCGGAGAGAUCCCGGGGCCGCAGCCUGGGCGCAGUGGACAAGUACCGGCUCAGAAAAAAGUUCCCCCUGCCCAAAACAAUCUGGGACGGAGAGGAAACCGUGUACUGCUUUAAAGAAAAGUCCCGCAAUGCUUUGAAAGAAUGUUACAAGAGCAACAGGUACCCCACUCCGGACGAGAAGAAAAACCUGGCCAAAGUCACCGGGCUGUCCCUCACACAGGUCAGCAACUGGUUCAAGAACCGCAGGCAGCGGGACAGGACCCCGUCCGGGACCCACAGCAAAAGUGAGUCUGAUGGGAACCACAGCACUGAGGAUGAGGCGAGUGCGAUGGAAGACGCCCCCGAUAAACCAGAGGAUGCUGUCGGAUCCACAGCUUCCAUCAUCUCCGUCUCCACUGUCCCUUGUAACACAGGAGGUCAGCUCAUCCUCAACGGGUCCAGUGGCUUCCUCGCGGCCUCCCAGCCUUUACUCCUCAAUGGAAAUUCCCUGAUCUCCGGUGCCGGUGCCGGCGUCAUAAUUAACGGGCUAAGCUUGGGUGAUUGCCAGACAGUCACACUAAGUCCUGUUGCAGCCAGCUCUCCUUUAAUCCUGAAUGGGGCUCAGGUUAUAACCAAACCUGGGAUCAAUGUGCAGCAGCAAGUAGCUUCUGGGGCCAAACAGGAAGUGUCAUCUGUGGAGACCAAGUCCGUUGUUCUGAGCACUAGCACCAUACCAGUCUCAAACCAUCCAACUAUAAUUUCCCCUCCUUUGCAAACCAAAACAGACAGUGGCAAUGAAAUGGAUUUCAUCCUUGUCCCUAACUCAGAGGGCAGCAGCCAGACAGUAUCCCCCUCAUCUUCAUCUUUAUCCCCCUCCUCACCAAGUAUGUCUUCCCCAACCAGUCUCCCUUCGCUAGUCUUGACACAAAACCCCCAACAUCAUGACACUUCCACCCUCCCAGCUUCCCUGUCAUCUGCAGGCAUGGUUAUUUCCAGUUCUGCAGGGUCUCUCUCCAGUCAACAGGGAGCGUACGUUAUCAGUCCAACUUCAAGCUCCCAGUUAAACCCCUCUAGCUCUACAGUUUCCUCUAGCAACGCCCCCUCUCAGGUCAUCUCUUUACCCCAGGUUGUACCCUCCAUCCAAGGUAUGCCAGUAUCCCAUCUGGCCCACCACUCUUCAGGACCCCAGGUAUCCCAAUGCCCUCAGCUUGUCCCAGUAUCCCCACUCACCUCGUUGGCUUCUCAACUCCAGAGUUCCCAUACUAUAAACACAGAAAGCAGACUGGGACAACAGCAGCAAGAUGCUUCAACAACUUUGUCUGAAUGUGCCACAACCAUCGUUUCUAUCUCGCAGCUUAACAACAGUCACCUCCCACAGCCACUGAUGAUGCAGCAUCUGGGAGACCAAACCACAAACUCUACUUCCAGUAAAAUGCAGACUCCACAGGUUAUCUCCAUAUCCUCUCCAACACAAGUAGUUCCAGUUCCUCAGGCCAAAGGUAGCACGCCAGCACAGUUAGUCCCGCUCUCCAUGCCUCAGCUGGUCCCAGUCUCCUCCAUUCAAACUUCCACCAAUAUUUCUUUCCCCCAAGUGGUGCCUGCCAGCCCCUCUCUCUCCAUCCCCUCUGCCGGAGUGCCCUUACAGAUCCUGACUUCAGCUUCGGCAGGUGGGGGAGUAACCCAGAGCCCUCUCAGGAUAAACCAGCUGAGGCCCAUUCAGAGCGUGGGCACCCCAACCAGUGUGGCCCCUGCAGUGCAGCUUCUAAAUCCCGGGAUCAUUCAGCUACCCUCUGCUCCCCCAGGUAACCUCCUGCUUGGUGGAAGCCCAUAUCUGAGUGUCCAGCAAGGAAAGCUGAUUCUGACCAUCCCAGCUGGCAUCCAGCUCACCAGUGUGCCCCUGAAACCCGUCCCAGAUUCUUCACCUAUAUCUACAAACGGAGCAAGUCCAGCUCUCAACCCCACUGCUCUUCCUGUAGCCUCCCAGCCCUCAGCAACUUCAGGCUCAACCUCCAGCAGCCUCACUACAUCUCCACUGAAUUUCAUCAACUCCUCUCCACUGUACUGUGCUCCAGAGACUCCAAUCACACCCAGCCAGACAGCUGCCAUCCCCUCCUCUCACAUCCUGGACCAGCUGACCACCCCAACAACACCAAACACACUCACCCCAGAGAGCAUGCUCACCCUCAGUCCCAUGUACAGUGGAGUAGCAGCAAACAUCCAGCUGUCCCAGCCAGCCUGGAGCCCCGUGCCCCUUUCCACUUCAGCCAGUCUAACUAUGUUCGAUAUCCGCAGCAAGGGGGACCUGCCUGUAGACCCGGCUUUAUUAGGUUUACCUGGAGGAGAGUCGCUGCUCCUCGGGAGCCCUUCUCCAGAGCAAGAUGAGGAAGCUAGCUCACCGCUGGGGAAUACAGAGGAGAUGGAUGGGGACUCUAAAAUCCUUACUCAGCUCCAGUCUGUCCCUGUGGAUGAAGAACUGGGCUUGUAGUCUGUUUACAGGCAGGGGCUGGUAACCAUGUCUCUAAAAACAAAAGCAACCUGGACUUCUUCUUUUGUUUUUUCUUUUAGUGACUUGAGAGAUUUUACCUAAAGACCUAAAAUAUUAUCAUGGUCCUCAGCUGGCACUUUCUAGAAAAUUCAUCUGGAGCUCAGUUUGAAAUGAAUGGGCAGGAUUAUAUGGAAUAUUCACCUGCUGCGUCAAUAUCAAAUUAUUCCUCUGGGUUUUUAAGAGGGAAUGUUGCAUCUCUGAGGUUUUUACCCAAAUAUUUUUAUGCCUUGAUUUAUCAGAUCCAGACAGAAGAGACAACAAGGAUUAGUCAGCUUGGCCCACUUACAGGUUAUGAUGUUAUUUCAGCUUCUUCUUUGCAGUUCUGAGGAAUGUGAGCCAAAUACAGCUAGACCAGGUCUGGAUCUUUUUUUCUGGCAAGAAAAAGUAGCACGCUCUGGAUCUAUCAUAAUGAUGAGACCCAUCUGAAAAUAAUCUCUGUCAGAACUCCAUAUAUUAAGGAGAUUGUUUUUUUUUUUUUUUCUUCAUGCCAUCUGAAUGUUGCUCUACCGACACUCCAAGCACUCAGUGACAAUUAUAUUUUGCAUUAACAGAAGUAAAGUAUGUUGAGUUGAAUAUGAAACUUUAAAAUCGAAGCUUUGAGGGCUAUGCAACAGUAUUCUACAACUACAAGUAAAUUACUGAAGUGGCUUGAACAUGCAGGCUAACUGCAUUUAAUAACAAACUGUUAAGACUUUCUGCAGUUUUUAGGUGGGGUGCGGCCUCACAUUGGUUUAAAAAAAAAAAUAUAUAUAUACAUACACAGGAAUCAAGGGUUUUUGAAAGGGUUUCAACUAUGCAAUGUGUGUUUAGGUCUUUAUAGGACACUAUGUCAGAUAAUGGUUGAAAUAAAAAGCUACAACACUUGGGAGAUGAAAUGAAGCAUUACACUAAAACAUGAGCUGUGAUCCUACAAAGUGAUGUUUCUUGCAGCCAAAAUCUCAGUAUGUUGAUACUGAUAAGUGCCUUUUUUAUGUUUAAUGACUUUUUCUUACUAUUUUAUAAUUACUAUGUAGCCAACCACAUUUCUAGACUCUUUUCACAGACAUAUAUAGAGUUUGUUUGUUUUUGUUUUGUUUUGUGUGUUUUAAGUUUGUUCUCCAGUGAAAACCAAUGUGACACGAUUGGCUGCAUAGUCAUUACUCAAUCUAGUCUUUUUGUAUAUUUUGCACAUUUUAUCUACACUAUGUUUACGCUGUGCUGCCCUGUUGUUAUGGCUGUAGUUGGACUUAAAGUCUGUUCUGAUAUCCUUCCUCAGCGGGUCAAAGAUGCAAAUCAAACAAAAUGCUGAGUUCUGGAUUGAAAGGCUUAAUCACACAAGCUUUCUGCUGUCAUAACACGGGCAGCGGUCGAAACUUUGGCCAUUUAUGGUACACAAACAUACACUAUACAGUGUCACAUCUAGUUACAGUUAUGGCCUUUUUUUGUUUUUUAUUCGUACAUAUGUCUUUUUGUACAUUUAAUCUAUUUAAAGCAUGUACCAAUCAGUUUCUAGAUUUAAGUGAAAGAAAAUGAGUCCCUGUGGAAAGAACACAGAUAGGAAAUGAUAUUCAUUUUUAACUCUAGAGGUCACAUUAUUAUGCAACCAGAGUUAUUCCAGUCUCAGGAUAACAGGUUUUGAACAGAAUGCUAAUUUUGAAAUGGGCCAUGCCUUUUUAAUAAACUUCUAAGCCAUUUGUUCCCACUUGCCUUUAGGUAGCCGAUUUAAUGCCUUCGGCCAUUCAAUGUUAGAAUGAAUUUCGUUGGUAGUAUAUAUCUGUUAGGGGUGAAGGGUGGGGUUUCCAUGUUUUUUUUUCUUUUUACCAAAGUAUGUCAACAUUAAAACCCAAGAGGGCUUCAAUUUGUAGCCCCAUGUUCAUUUGUAGCAUGAGAUUUGUUUUUAUUUUCUCAUCUGACACUUAGCAUGUGUGACUCCAGACUUAACCAAAGAUUUUGUAUGUUGAUUGACUUUUUAAAUAUCUUUUAAAGGGAUCAUUUGUACUUAUCAUUUAAAGUUUACUCAUUUUUGUACUCAAAUGCAUUCUAUUUUUUAUAUUUACAUGAUAUUGUAAUAAACUACAUUUAUAAAAGGCU